AUGGCGGAUCGGUCGAACCGUGGUGGCGAGGGUUCGGACAAGAUUGUCAAGACGGAACUAUUCUGGAAGCUCCUCCACAAACAGAUCGCCCCCAAGAACAGCGUCGACCGCAAGAGGAUCAACUACACGCUGGCCGAGAUCGACUCGGUGCUGCAGGCCGUCGUCGAGGUGUUGGGCAAGGAUGAGACGCUGCUGACAAUGAGUCCACCCAUUGUCAUUGUUGGAGAUAUACAUGGACAGUACUACGACCUGAUCCGGAUGUUCAACACAUUCGGCGAGACAAACAAGGACGGGUCGGCGUCGGUGAGCGGAGUGACGAAUGGGAGGUAUCUGUUCCUGGGCGACUACGUGGAUCGGGGCACCAACUCGCUGGAGUGCAUCAUGAUGGUGUUCACGCUGAAGAUACUCUUCCCCAGACAUUACGGUCUGCUUCGGGGCAACCACGAGUGCCGCGCCAUCAACAAGGUGUACGGGUUCUACGACGAACUGGUCGAUCGAUAUGGGCAAGACGACGCGGACGCGCUGUGGCACUCGUUCAACAACGCAUUCGCCAUGCUGCCCCUGGCGGCCAUGAUCGGCAAGAAGAUAUUGUGCAUGCAUGGAGGCAUUAGUCCCGAGCUGCACUCCCUGGAAGAUAUCCGAGCGAUCAAGCGGCCCCUCGAAGACCCAGCCAGCUACCCGACCACCCUGGCCGUUGAUCUGCUGUGGGCGGACCCGAUGAUCGGCCUGUCUGGCUGGGUGCCGAACCACGUGCGCGGCGUGUCGUGCUACUUUGGCGAGGACCGCGUCGAGGCGAUAUGCAAGCAGCUCGGCCUCGAGCUCAUCGUCAGAGCCCACCAGAUGAUGCAAAACGGGUACCACUUCUUCUGCAACCGCAAGCUGAUCACCAUCUUCACGGCGCCGCGCUAUUUUGUGGAAAAGAACAACAAAGGCGCGACGCUGAAGGUGGACAAGUCGGGGAAGCUCUCCAUCAAGAUUCUCCUCCCCACCACCGAGGACAAGCGGGGUGAGAACGUGUUCCGCCGCGAGCUCGACCAAACGUACAGCGACGAUUCCGGAUAUCAAGUGUUCGUUCCCCCGCUUCCGCCCGCCAACCCUCGGCCCUCGAAAGCCGCCUCAAAGCGCCAAAGCCAGGGACACCACGGC